UCCUCAUCCUCCUCCUCCUCCUCCUCCUCCUCAUCGCCGAGGGCCCGGCCGUUGCUCCCCGCCCCGGGCCCGGGCCGGGGAUGCGCUGCUCGGCGGUCCCUCGUAGGAGCUACUCGGCGGGCGGGGAGCGGGAUGGAGGUGGAGGAGGCGUUCCCGCUGGUGGGGCAGAUGGGGCCCUACCAGGUGUAUCUGUGCGUCCUGCUGGCCGUGCUCCUCCAGUUACAUAAUGUGUCACUGAGAUGUGCAAGAGCAAGACUGAAGGCAGGUUCCACGACUGGUGUUAAGUCUUUUGUCUGGUUUAUCGUCAGUCUUUGGAGGAUGGACCCAAAGCUCUAUGUGGCCACUGAAGCCAUCCUCAUUGCAUUGGUGGGCGCAACUCCUCCCUACCACUGGGAUCUCCAAGAGCUCUCAGCUAAUUGGAGCCAUAGCAACCAGUCAGUGAGUGAGCAGAGAGCUUUUGGGGAAUGGCUUCUGACUGCCAAUGUCAGUGAGGUGCAUAAGCACAUACACUUCAGCAGCAGCUUCACAUCAAUAGUCUCAGAGUGGUUUUUAAUUGGCAACACAUCAUACAAAGUCAGUGCUGCCAGUUCUUUCUACUUCAGUGGUGUGUUUGUGGGAGCAAUCUCCUUUGGCCAGCUCUCAGAUCGCUUUGGGAGGAAGAAAGUCUAUCUCACAGGUUUUGCUCUUGACAUCUUGUUUGCCAUUGCAAAUGGAUUCUCGCCCUCGUAUGAAUUCUUUGCCAUCUCUCGCUUCUUGGUAGGGAUGAUGAAUGGUGGGAUGUCACUGGUGGCCUUUGUUCUACUGAAUGAGUGUGUGGGUACUGCCUACUGGGCAUUAGCAGGAUCUAUUGGUGGCUUGUUCUUUGCUGUGGGAAUUGCCCAGUAUGCUUUAUUAGGGUACUUCAUUCGUUCCUGGAGAACUCUGGCUGUUGUGGUUAACCUGGAAGGAACAAUCGUCUUUCUUCUCUCUCUAUUCAUUCCAGAGUCUCCCCGCUGGCUCUAUUCACAAGGCCGGCUGAAUGAAGCAGAAGAUGCCCUCUACCUCAUUGCGAAGAGGAACCGCAAGCAGAAGUGCACUUUUUCGUUAAAACUCCCAGCAGAGAGGAGCUCCAGAGAGGCAGGCAGCUUCUUGGAUCUGUUCCGAUAUAAGAUUCUCUUGGGACGCACCUUGAUCAUGAUGUUUACCUGGUUUGUGUGCAGUUUGGUUUACUAUGGUCUUACUCUUAAUGUGGGUGACUUGGGUGGAAGUAUUUAUGCCAAUUUAGCCCUUUCAGGGCUGAUAGAAAUCCCAGCAUACCCAAUAUGUAUUUACUUGAUUAACCAAAAAUGGUUUGGUCGGAAGCGAACAUUGAGUGCGUUUCUGUUCCUGGGAGGAUUGGCUUGUCUUAUUGUCAUGUUUCUUCCUAAAAAGAAAGAUACUGGAGUGUUUGCAGUGGUGAAUAGUCGCUCUCUGUCUUUGCUGGGGAAACUGACAAUCAGUGCUGCAUUUAACAUUGUCUACAUCUACACAUCAGAACUUUAUCCCACAGUGAUCAGGAAUGUUGGAAUGGGUGCUUGCUCCAUGUUUUCCCGUGUUGGUGGAAUCAUUGCUCCUUUCGUCCCUUCAUUGAAAUCUGUACAGUGGUCUCUGCCUUAUAUUGUGUUUGGAGCAACUGGUCUUUUGUCUGGGCUCUUAAGUUUAUUGUUGCCAGAGACCUUAAACAGCCCUUUGCUAGAAACUAUUUCAGACCUGCAGGUAUGCUCGUACUGGAGGCUGGGUGAUGAAGCGAUGUCAUUGCAAGCCCUAGAUGGCUCACAGUCUGGAGACAAAGACAGUUCUGCAGGGAGUGGAAGUGAAGAUGAGGAGUUUUAUGAUGCUGAUGAAGAGACUCAUAUGAUCAAGUAAUGAAAAGAAGAAACACUGGCCUAUUUUAUGCCUUUUCUUACUUGUCUUACAGCUGGACCGACUGGAUGAGUACUAGGGACCUCACCUGUCAGGGAAUGUAAUUGGGCAAGUGCUUGUGUUUUUCCUGACGAGGAGAGGGGUUUGAGUACUGUUCAGACUAAUUACACCACUGAUGCUCUCCAUAUGAGACAGCUGUUCAAAUUCUUGUGGUUCAGAAUGACAGUGCAUGGACUGCAUUUGAAGCCAGGUGAGACAGCAAGGGUGGGAUCAUGUAUUUCUGAAGCCUAGGAAAUUACUUAGGCUUAGACAGAUUUGGACAGCUCAUCAAUGCACAUGCUUGUAUUUUAUUUUCAAGGUCGUUGAUUUUGAUUCAGUACAAAUUGAUAAACUGGAAAACAUGCGCUGUUCUCUUUCUGUAGAGUGAAAGUGGUCACAAUGUGCUGUGUGCUACUCCAGUGGGAACAAAUUCCUGAAACUGUAUGUUAAAAUGGUUUCUGCGUAUUGAAUAGGGGAGAGGCAACUAUGAACAUAAGGUUUCUCUAUCUGCACAUAGACACCUGUAUAAAGUUACAGGGUGCAGCUGGUUAGUCAUGUGCAUUAACUUAGUGAUAAUGGGAGGCCAGGAGGAGGGACUACAGAAAAGAACAACCAUAAAGCCUGCAGACAUAAAGGGCAUUACUGAUUUUUUUUUUUUCCCCUUUUCAUCCACUGAGCAUUUUCUUGGGCUGUCUUAUGCAUACAUUUGCCACAUGUUCCCCACAUCUCAGCACUGCUGUUUAUAGCUUUGCCUACUUUUACCUUGUCCUCACUUUGCCAUAAAUAUUGAAGCUCCACAACUUCUCUGUGCAGUGAAAUAAUUAUGUGAAGGAUAUAGUUUCAUGGGUGGGACAUAGGUGAGUUAUUUAUCACAUACUGUGUGUGUGAGAUGUGUGUUAGAAUAUAUAGCUCAUUUUUGUGGACCUAUCUGUGUCUUUAUUUCUGGAAGAAACUUAACUCUGAAGUGGUAAGAGCAACUAUGGGUUGCUGUUACAUUUUGGGGGUUAUUGCCAGGAAGCUGCUAGUAUUUAUUUUAAAAUCUUGUGUGUAAAUAAAGUUCUCAUUUAAAAAAAAAAAAAAAAGGCAAACCUCUUUGAAACAGAAUUUGGUUACCUGUUUCUUUACCAGGUGCUUGUUCAAGCACUUGGUUACUUGACCAUAUUGAGGAAGACAACUUCACUCUCCUGAUUAUACUGAACUUUCUGUAAGUGCUUCAUUAGAGGGAUUUGGAAUCUUGAAAUAUGAAACAUGAACAUAUGAAAUGUUCCAGCUACAAAGAUGAGGCCUUACAAGGAUUCAGUUUUCUUGAUUACAUUGUCAUCUUCAUCCUCUAACCUGUGGCAUUCUAUUUAAGAUUGAUUUCCAUAAAAUAUUUGUUAGUCUUUAUACUUGGAGUUCCUAGCAAAGUGCCACACAAUGGCAGCAAGUAUAUUGUUAGGCUUGCUAGCCAUUUUUGUGGAUGUUAAAGUAAAAAAACUGGAUUAAAAAAAAAAAAAACAAAAAAAAACCCCAAAAAAACCCAAAAUACCUAAAAGUUGACUGCUGAGUAGUUUCUGGGUAAACUGGGAAGCUCCUUUACUCUGAAAGGAAAGGAAAGUAAACAGCAUCAGAAGUUUGUUGCAGCUAGCUGCUUGAACUUUGUUCACUGGGAACUGUAAUGCUGAGCAAAGUGCAACUACCCUGGUUGGUGCAGAGGGCAGCCCAGAGACUGCAGAUUCACACAUGCAGUACUCCCACUUGGCCUGGACUUGAUCCAGGCAUUGACUGUGAGCAAAGUUGGAAACUUCAGUCCCUAUGGACAAUGUGUCAGUAUUGUUGUGAUUUUCAUCUGCGUUAAGAGCUUCACUAGAAGAAUUCCAGCCUGCAGUCUUCACUUUGUUUUUUCCAGACUGUUGAAUAGUUGUUGUAGCUGUGGCAGGGCACUUUUAAAUGCAGCCAGGUAGUCUUUCUGCCUUAUUUGGCCCUUCUGUAUGCAAGAAAAUUGCUCCAAAUAAGGUACUUGGAAAGGUUGAAUCUAUUUGUUCAAAGAAUUUUUUUAAAUUUUGCAUUCACAUUUUGAAUUAUGGACAGCAGAAAACUGACUUUUUGUUGCUGAUGGCUUCUAAAUAAAUAAAACCUGUUUGCUUAGAAGCAAACAGUGGUAAGCCUGAUGGUAUUAACAUGCUGCCAAGACCCAACAGGUUCUCUUAGGUGUUUGCUGCCUCUGUCCCUCUUUGAAUGGUAAGUUGAGUAAGUCACUUGAGAGGCAGACAGGAACUGUUAGCCGCCUUCUCUCCAUAGUCUUCCUGUCAUUAUCUGCUACUGGCAACCCUGGUCAUGCCAUGGGACACCUCAGCAUAAUUUUCAUUAGAACAGUAGGAUGCUGUAAUGAUUCGGGUGGAGGAGAUCACUCUCUGCAGGACCUGAGCUGCAUUUUGUGGCAGUCUUCAACUUAUAAUUAAACUUAUUUCUCCACUCAUGCACUUUUAUAUCAUAAGUAUACAUAUGUAAAAUUGUGAAAACAAGAGUGAAGAAAGCAUCAGCAAUUUUUUUUCAUAAAAGUUGCUGCUCUUUUUUUAAACCUUGAAUCUGUCCUGUGUUUGCACCUUUGGAAUUUUAAAGGGCAGCAUCUUUUUUGUCAACCAUAGGAACUCUCUAUUGUUACUUUCCCUGGCCAGUUAAUUCACAAGUUUUAUAGGAGACAAUGCCUCCAGGAAGAGCUCAGCAAUGUAGUAUCAGGCUUCUUACAAUUACUUGCUCUUCCUCUUUGUGUUCUGAAGUCCAAAUCCAUUAAGUGCAUUAAGUUUCUUUUCGGAGAGUUUUGUUUUAUAAGAACUGGCCUUCUGAUACAGAAACCUGUAGAAUCACUUUUUUCUUACCCAUAGAGUGUAAUGCUUUAUAAUAUUGAGAUACUUGUGCUAUAUGCAACAUUCGCUGGGGAGAGAUGCUGCACAGUGUUUUGUAGCCUAUGUGGUCACCAUUUUCUGUAUCCAGAUGGAGCAUUGCUGCUAAGCAGAAGUUCUUCAUUUGAACAGUGCCUGCUAUUAUGGGUCUCACAACCAUGUUACUUGGAAGCCCAAGUGAGAAGGUCAGAGAGAACUUGUGAAUUUGAAGUUAUAUGUAAGCAGUCUGCCUAGGCCCAGUUAAUAGAUCUCAGUGUUUGGGCAGUAAGCUUGCCCUGAGGAGCUACUGGAGAGCAGAGGCUAAUACAAUACUAGACAUACCACAGUUUAUGACAUACUGUAAUGCGAAGAGUCUGAGACCCAACAUCCUUGCUUUAGUUGAGUGAAGUAUGACUACCUUACCCAUGUUUUUUGCUAGAGUAGCUUUGUAUACUAAGCAGCCUAUACUGUUAGUUGGUUUUUGUAUUGUGCAGGCACUAGGAUACCUACCCCUAAGAUGGGAACUCCAUCCCUGGAUUCCUUUGGUUUUGUAGCUGUCAUUUUUUUCAGCCAGCUCACUUAGUGGGAUUAUGCUAGAGAUGAGAGAGGCUUUCCCAUGGUGCUGAUUAGUCAGAUCUUAAUACUGUCUCAGGUGAGGUAUGUUUAGGAUUUUGCUAUCUGGGGACCUCACAAGUGAUGCUUGAAUACAGCUAGGAGUGAAGGAGAGUGAUAGGUCAUGUGAGACAGCAAGGAGGAGAAUCAGCUGGAGGGAGUCGAAAGAAUAGAGGAUUCAACAGAAACACUUUAGGGCAAGGGUAAGUGAAAACACAAGAUAGUAGCCAUUGGGUGGAAAUACCCUUCUAGCUGCUUGUGUUGACUUCAAGCUUCUCCUUUCAGAGCUAGCAUCGGUUCCAGGCUGUCUUACUGGGGACACUAGUUUCAUGAUUUCCUUUUUAAUGUCAGCUUUGUUCAGCACUACUACUUCAGUGAUGAAACAUUUCUUCUGAUCCAUAUAAAAUGUGGAAGACUUAGGUUUUCUUUUGGACUCAGCUUUUCUAUGAAAUGGCAUGUCACUGAAAUCAUUAAAAUUUGUAAAGCCCUCUUUUGGAGAAUGCUGUAUAACUGGUCAUCACUUAAUUUGCCUUUAGAAAGAUAGGAAGAUGAGACUUAUUUGAUGCAUUUUUGUCACACAACUUCUUGUGAAGUGAUACUUCGGCCUUCUAAAAGGAAUUUACUACCUGGCUAUUCUUGAUAGGCUGAAGAGAAUAGAAUAGGGAAGUGAUUUGACAAGUUUAUUUUUUAAACUACUUCCCCUGAAAACAAAGCUAGUGCUCCCCAUUUAGGGAUUGGGGAAGUGCUGUUCAGAGACUCCCUGACACACCAGAAACUUAGAAGUUCUGUGUUUAAGGAGGGCCACAGGUGACUUGGUGUUCAGGUCGGGGUCCUGAGUGAAGAACAUGUCCACAUCUCUCCAGAGACACCUAAUUAACACGGAGCAGGUUGUAGCUAAUUGCCACCUUUGUUACAGUCAAGGCUUUAAGGAUUGCAGCUACAUGUUCCUCUGCUCACAGUGCAUAAUCCAUGCCAGGGUUUCCAGACUGUAUGGAUGUACAGAGGCUAGCAGAAUAUCCUUUGCAGAACCAUGGGGAAUGCAGUUAAGCUGUACAUUUUCCAGCCUAUUUCACCUAAGUGUAUAAAAGCCAUUUGCAAGAGAAUGUUUUUGUUCCUACUAGGAAGAGGGGAAAGUGAGGAACAAACUUACUUUUCCUAGAGUGUGUUAAUGGAAACAUUUGAGCUAAAACUCUUGUUCCUGAGUCUUCCGCAUAAUCACCAAAUGCAGAUUUGGUUAGUAUUUUGUUUUAGCUGAAGGAUGGUGUGCUAUGUAUACCUUUUCCCACCCUGUUAGAGCUUCUUUGAUCAUGCUCUUUGACACAGCUGAAUCUAGGCAUCUGUGCAUGCAAGUUGAGCCUUGCAGUAAGUAUGUCAGAAAAGCCCAAGAGCAGUGCUGUCAUUUGAUGGUGGAAGUUAGUCUGGCCUGACACAUUUAAUGCCUGUGUCAGAAAUGUCUAUAUUCAGCUGUUUACCAAAUGGGAGACUUAGGGUAUAGCUGUAUUUUGAGUCUUGUUGCUUGUAUCUUACUACGAGAUAUAUUAAGUGGAAGAAAGAUACGUACAUAAGAAAACCUGUGACAGAUCUAACUGUAGAAUUGGAGGGUGAACAAACUUAUACAGAAUUUUUUCCAUGCUAUGUAUUUUUAAUGCCUUGUCCAGUCUAUUGUAGCCUUCAGAUUUUCCAGGUGCUACUGUUAUUUAAGUCUAAUAGAGCUGGAUAAAACUUUCACCCUGAUAGUCUGAAUUCACUGAACUCUCUCAUGUUAUUCUUGGUACUACUUGCUGUUUCUGUCAUUCUGAAAAAAGCUCCUGUAUUGCCUAAUGGGGAGCAGAUUUUUCUGUUCUAAUUUAAAGUGCCUGUUUUACAAAAGUUGUCUUUAAUUUCCUCGGUCAACUUGAUACGGGACUGUGUGUAAAGUAACAUCAUGGAAUUGGAUUAUAUAAGUGCCAAAGACAGUUUUUGCUGGAAAGCAAAGGUCCAAAACUAGUUCUAGUUGCAUUCAUUUGGAAUUCUUCCAUGCAACCUGCUAAAACUGGUAUUUACAAGCAUCUCCAGAGCUUUAGGGGACAGAAAGGGAGUUACUUUUGCUUGUCUUUCAUUGCUCAGUUCACUUAAGUAGCUUUUGUUUCUGGGAAACCAAAGAAAUUAAAUGAAGGAUUUAAGAUAAAGUGUAGGUUUUGUAGAACAUGCAGCAUUUAUACCAUGUAGCCAUUAUAGAGAAAUCUGCAGAGUCUGUUUGCUUCUGAGUUGGAAGUGUCAAAGCUUACUCUAAGACUGAUAAAACCUGGUUAAAAACUGCACAUUGGAAUUUGUUAGUUCAUUCAUCAGCCUUACAAACGAGCAUUGCUAAUAACAGCUUGCCUGGAGCUUCAUAGGAUCUAGCAGAUUUCUGUAAAAUGCACAGUCUGUUUGAGGUAUUACUAAAUAAUAAUGUCUAGAGUUUAAAUCCCUAUUGCAACUAGAAUUCACUGCAAGUCAGCCCUAUCAUGGCUGCUUGUUUGCCAGUCAGUAAAUAGGCAGAUGGCUAAAUGUUUAUGCAGCAAGAGCUGGCUGCCCCCAGAAGAAGAGUUUAAAAGAAAUAAUCUUUCUCCAGCGUGUAUGUAGAAGGAAGCGGGACCGUGGGGUGUCAGGGUCCUCUCAUACAGCAAACUUAUAGAAGGGAGUAUGUUUAAAUAAGUACUUGCCCACCCUUAUUUACAAAAGGUUUGUAGAGGAAGCAGGUCUUUAGCAUGCAUGUUACUGCCUCCCUCCAACACAUCUGAGGUGCUCGUAUUAUACCUACUUUGUCAGGAGGCAGGCAGAAAGUAUGGCAGUAAGAAAACCUUUGCCAAUAUUGAAAGUUACAUUUACUUAAAGAUGUCCGAUGAGAGUUAUCUGGCACAGCUGUGUUCAAACAAAAUGUUUUUAAAUGAUGGAAACUUGAUUGGGAGACAGGCAUUUCUCAUGUUAGUUUGUCGGGGGAAAAAAAAAAUAUCAGUGUUGCAGACACUGAUGAAAAUUGUUAUAGAGCAGAAAACUGCUGGGCAAUUUGUGAUAAAAGAAUUUAUUGUGGUUGUGAUUUUACAUAUGCCUCUAAAAGACUGGUUUCAAGUAUUUGAUCUUUGUCACUCCCCAAAGUCUAAUCCAAACUUUAUUUUGUUGUUGUUAAAAGUUGAGUAAGUCAUGUAGAAAUUGGAAGUAUAUUUUUCAUAUGGAUACUUUUAUUGCACUACCUUUCCUUCCUGAAUCUAAUAAUACUUUGAUUUUUUUAAGCUACCUCUUUAUGUUGAGCUUUCUUGUCAAUUUUGUAUUUAAUUGAUUUUUAAGAAACUACAAAAUAUUUCCUUUUAUUUAUGUGGGAAUCCAUAACUUAAAGACCACAAGUCUUCCUUCUUUUUUUUAAGUUUUUCUUAAAGGCCUUUUAAAUUUAAAGACUUAAGCUUUUGAAGGAGCAGCAUAAUUACACACUUAGAACAUGGAUUUUCCUGUGUGUACUGUUUGCUUUUAGAAGGGCCAGAAGCCCUUAAUUUUAUACUAACCUCGGUUGAGGAUGUGACUUUUGGGGGGCCAUAAAAAGUUUUGAGUUGGGAAAUUUUAAUCCAUUUAAUUUAUUCCCAAUUAAAGAGCUUCUAGUUACUGGUUUUGGCGUUGAAAGAAAAAAUAAAGAAAGCAUGUAGGGAAAACACUGCUGCUUUUUUCCAGACACCACUUUUCCCUCUCUCCCCCAUGCCAUCCUCCACCCCACGGUGGUCUCCAGUUCCUUGGCUGCGUGUUACGCUCAGUCCCUUCAGCAAGGCAACAGGCAGCACAGGAGAUUGGGAUCAGUCUGUUGUGCUUGCUGUUCUUUCGCUGCUCCUUGUUUCUUACUCAGCUGCUCUCGUGUGGGUUUUUUCACCAGCCGCAGUCCCUUCGGCGUUGUAGCUCCUUCUGAGUCUACUCUCAGCCUCUGCUCAGGCUAUGAUUUUCCUUUGGCAUUUCUCCUGCUCAGCUGCCUCUCCUUUCGGCUCCUCUUGUGCUGGCAUGGUCUUAUCCUUUUUUCCUCCUACUGCUAUAGCACUGUAAUCUUUUUCUUGGCAUUUACUGCCCUUUCUUAAACAUGCUUUUGCAGAAGUGCUAGAAACUCCUCUGACAGCGUUGGAGUGCAGUGGGUCAGUCCCCACUGUGCCCAAGAGGCAAUGGACACUAACUGAAACACAGGAGGAUCCAUCUGAACAUAGGCAAGCACUUUUUUACAGUGAGGGUGGCAGAGCACUGGCACGGGUUGCCUGGAGAGGUUGUGGAGUCUCCAUGCGUGGAGAUAUUCAAAAGCCAUCUGGACAUAGUCCUGGGCAGCCUGCUUUAGUAGGUGGCCCUGCUUGAGCAGGGGGCUCGGAUCAGAUGGCCUCCAGAGGUCUUUUCCGACCUCAGCCGCUACAUGAUUUCUGAGCUGGCUGGAACCAGCACAGGGCAGUCCUGGGCUUCUUCCCACACAAGGCACCCUGCAGCCCCAAAACCCUGACAGUUAUGCUCAAUACGUGACUGUACAGGGUUUUCUUGCAAAUCAAGUCCUUACAGGUUGAGCUGACAGUUUUUGUGAGUGGUAGUUGGUACUGCAUUCCCUUUCUGUGUUACUGUUGUCUUAGGUCAAGUAAAUGAAACUCCUAAGGAUAUAAUCAGACAUUUAUAGCAGAGUUCUGUGUCUGGUUACAUUUGGAUCCCUGCUGAUUUCAAAAGACAGAACUUAGAUCUCCACUUGACCAGAGGAGCAGCCAAAGGGGUAAACUACUUUCUGUUCAACCCUGCAUCAUCAUGAAAACAAAUCUUCGUAUAAUCUCUAUAUCCUGUAGACUUUGUAUUGCUUCCGCAUGCCAGUUUAAUUUGAACCAACAAUCAAAAGUCCUUGCCAGUUGAGAGUUGAGUAACAGGAAAGUGGGCAUAGGGGGGAAUAGAUUCACUGCAUCAAACAAAAAUCAAGUUGUAUAUAGUUGGUGUGUGUAUUUUUAAAUAUGUAAUUUGGAUUACUUGAAUACUGAGUGUUAUGAGCCUUCCUGUGUAAAAAAUACUUCCUGUAUUAGUGUGCUGUUGUUAACUCAGAGUUGUACUGCUGAAAAGUCUGUUUUUAGAAUACUUGAUCUGAGAAGUGGCAACUAAAGACAGCGUAAGCUUUUCCACAAUAGACCUUUUAUGGUGGUAUAUUCAUAUGUUCUGUGAACAGCUGUUGGAUCCAUCUUUUUAAGAUGUUCUUUACCAUAGGUGAGGGGCCAUAACAAAUGUUGAAAUAUUCAGAAUAAUUGCACUUACCUAUUCUGUUUUCUUAUUGUAUUUCCUAUGCAUACUGCCUUACCUGUAUGUACUGUAUUUCAUUGGAGGUACGAAAGGUAAAUAUCAGGUUCUUCAUUUAUAAAAUGUAAAUUAGUUUUAAAAAUAAUUCUGUAAUACUACAUAUUUUCCAGUGAUAUCUGUCUUCUAAGAGAAGGUGAUGGUGGUAAGGCCAGGUGAAUUUAGUCAAAAGUUAAUAUUGGUGGUCUUUACAUUCUCACUUAAUUUCUGAAUAAUUUUGAUCAUUUGAAAUAUAUUUUUUUUCUUUUAAGAUUUUUGUAGAGGCUAACCUAUGUUAGUAAGCCAACUUUUAGAUGAUUUGUAACAGCUCUGAUACUGCCUCUGACUCAUACAGUUCAUAUAAUGUCUUUGUAACUUAUUUUGUGCCUUUUCUUCCCCUGACACAAUCUCUCAAUAAAAACAAGCUCUUUUGCAACACUGCAAA